UUCUCUCUCUCUCUCUCUCUCUCUCUCUCUCUCUCUCUCUCUCUCUCUUAGCCAUGUUAUUCCUCCUUAAAUCCCAUUUGCCAUUGUGCUCACAGCUCAGUGUCUGCAUUUAACUUGGAUGACAUUUUGAUUUCAUCAUUACCCUCCAGACGCGUCCAUUCAUCAUCUAUCUAUCUAUCUAUCUAUCUAUCUAUCUAUCUAUCUAUCUAUCUAUCUAUCUAUCUAUCUAUCUAUCUAUCUAUGUUUGACUUAUUCAAGUUUUUUUCUGGAGCGCGUGAGGAAUCUUAAAACCCCAGAUCUUCUUGAUAUAUUUAGAUAUAAUUUUUCCAUCUCCGGUGAAGGACCGUGUGGGUUUUUUAUGGUGAUCCAAUGGCCGAGACAACGCCGGAGACUCGCCCGUUUAAAGACUCUCCGUUCUCCAUCAAAAACCUGCUGAACUGCGAGAGCAAGCCCACCCUGAUCAAACCCAAAGCCAUCAUGAACUCGGCUAAAGGACUUCUGGAGCACGGCCUGGCCCUGUCCCGGGUCGGGGAGCUCGGCUUUCCGCGCUUUGAUUUGCCGAUGCAGAGGUUUGGAUUAGCGGCUCACUGGUGGUACCCGUACGGACACUUACACAGAACUGCAGUGCCAGAGAGACACGCGCUCAGAGACUCAUCCCCGGCGUCCGGUACAGACAGAGACUCACCGGAGCCGCGGCUCGCGCUGGAACCGGACGCCAGAGAGGACGAGGAGAGCAAAAGCGUGGACGAGAUCCUGCUGGAGGAGAGCGACACGGACGAGCCGAAGCGCGAGGACGCGACGGAGGCCGGGGGCGCGGCGGCGGCGGGUGGCACGGCGGCGGAGAGCUCAGACAAGCGGCCGCCGUGCCGGAAAAAGAAGACGCGCACGGUGUUCUCGCGCAGCCAGGUGUUCCAGCUCGAGUCCACCUUCGACGCCAAGCGGUACCUGAGCAGCGCCGAGCGCGCGUGUCUGGCCUCCAGCCUGCAGCUCACCGAGACCCAGGUGAAGAUCUGGUUCCAGAACCGGCGCAAUAAGUGGAAGCGGCAGCUGGCGGCGGAGCUCGAGGCGGCGAGCCUGAGUCACACGGCCGCGCGUCGCAUGGUCCCGGUUCCGGUGCUGUACCGCGAGGGCUCGUCCAGCGACACCGCCAGCGCCGCGUCCGGCCACGCCGCUGCCGGGCAGCCGCUCCUCACCUUCCCACAUCCGGUCUAUUACCCGCAUCCGGUGGUCGCCGCCGUGCCGCUGCUCAGACCCGUAUGAACUUCACCAGCGCGCGCCUCAUCCUCAUCAUCAUCACCAUCAUCAUCAUCAUCAUCAUCAUCAUUCACUGCCUACAUUCAUGAACCAUUUAUAACCUGAUCUUAUGUUUCUAAAGAAAUAAACAAAGUAUUUUGUCCAAAAUAGGACAAAAACAGAUUAUUAUUAUUAUUAUUAUUAUUAUUAUUAUUAUUAUUAUUAUUAUUAUUAUUAUUAACUGUAA